UUGUUGUGCUCUCCGGUUCAGUCAAAAAUUGACAAUGAUGGCUUCUUAGCUUGAAUUGACUCAAUUUAAAGUUGGUUGUGUGUUAAACCUGUGGAUGUACACUAAAAUUACUCAUCUAAAUUCAAAUGCAAAUUUAAAAAAAUUGCUGUGCUCCACAUUCGUCGUUUGACAGUUGUAAUCCCAACGCUUUGACGUUUUCACCACUUCGUUAUACCGUCUGAUAUUACGACUGUGAAAACCAAACCAAAAGAAAAUGAGUGCUUUGGAAGUGAUUGGUUUCGUUUUUUGUCUUUAUUUACUGUGGAGCAUCGUCAGUGCCUUGUUUAACUUACUCUACACGUGCUACCUGGGGAACGCGCUUGGCCGUUCCAUCAAAGUAAAGAAGCUAGGCUCAUGGGCUGUUGUCACUGGAGCCACAGAUGGAAUUGGUAGAGCAUACGCCGAGGAGUUUGCUAGACAGGGUUUGAAUAUCGUGCUUAUCAGUCGGUCCCUCUUUAAGCUUCAAAAUGUUGCCCGUGAAAUAGAAACCCAGUACGGAGUCAAGACUCGAGUUAUUGACGUUGACUUUACCGGUGCCAGAGAAAUCUAUGACCGGAUUGGCGCCCAGCUUCAAGACUUGGAUAUUGGCGUCUUGGUCAACAACGUGGGCAUGUCUUACAAUUACCCGGAAUUUCUCUGCUAUCUGCCCGAUGCAGGAGCUUUCUGUACCCGACUGAUGCACUGCAACAUACUAUCAGUCACGGGCAUGACGCUUCUCUUGCUACCCAAAAUGGCCGAAAAACGUAAAGGUCUCAUCCUUAACGUCUCGUCCGCAUCUGCCGUUCUGCCUUCACCACUCCUCUCCAUGUACUCCAGCACCAAGGCUUUUGUUGAGAAAUUCAGCCGAGAUUUGUCUUUGGAGACCCAGCAUUUUGGCGUGACGAUUCAAUGCGUGCUUCCCAGCUUCGUCGCCACCAAUAUGAGCAAAUUCAAGCCCAGUCUGACCGUACCCAGUCCUACCCAGUUUGUCCGUGGUCACAUGAACACACUCGGUCUGGAAGUAUCUUCUCCCGGAUACUGGGUUCAUAAAAUUCAGAUCGGAUUUUACGAUGUAGCGCUAAGGUUUUUCCGACCGGUCGUUGAACGCGUUGCUUGGUAUGGUCUCUUUUCCAUCCGCACGCGGGCUGUCAGACGCCAACAGAGACUCAAGAUGGCGGAAGUAAAUUCCGAUAAAUUACGUAGCGGCACAAAUGGUGUAGGAGUCCAGCCGGUGCAUUAAAGGUUUUUUUUUUUUUUUCAUUGGAUGCUUCUUCAUCAGAAAGAAACCUAUCAAAAGGACAAUACCCUUCACGCUUUCUGCCGCUCAUUGUUGUGUUAUAUGGCUAUUUUGGUACCAGGCACAUAUAAAUUGUUUUCUCCCCCCUCAUCUGCUGUUUAUUAAUACAUCUAGAUGUCAGUA